AUGGCGAAAAUAUUGGUGGCUAUGGUGUUGUCGGUGAUGCUACUUGUCUCGAUAAACUCGGUGGAGAUUUUGGCAGAGGAGCAGCCGACGGUUGGGCAACGGAUAGACUCAGCCGUGACAGGAGUCACCAAUGCAUUCAAUGAACACGGCGGCUCCGAUGCCGUCAAAACUAUUUCCUCCUCCGCAAAGUCCGUUUACGGUUGGUUUGGUGAUAAAGCCAAGGAAUUGGGAAUCCACUUCUGAAAAGAGGAAGGAACAAGUAAAUGUCUUUUUUUAGGAAAAAGAGAAGAAACGACUAAGGGUUUUCUGAGAGUGUGCAAAAGAGCUGGGAUCAGAC